AUACUUUAAGGAAGGAGGAACUUAGGGCCAAAUUUUAGUUAUUGCAUUCAUAGCAUUGCUCUAUUGAGGGAAUAAACUUCCGCCAGCUGUUCCAGCAAUAUCAAGUUUAAUGUCAAUGAAAAAAAAUCACCGAAAGUCAACCAUGUCACAGACCGUACAAACUUUGAGGUUAUGAAAGAAAACUGAUAAAUACUUCAGAAUGCCUCUUGAUUAUAGAAGAUUUAAUGGCCCAGAAGACAGUGUUUCCUACAAAAUUUAUACUAAAGAUUACAUCAAGCCUUACGAAGAAAGAUAUAAUGAACUUUUAGAUGAAAAUGGUUUAAGGAAAGAUGGACGCGCGCUUAACGAAGCCCGAAGCAUGUGUAUGUUUUUCGCCAGAACUGACAUGGUGUCUCAGGCAAAAGGCUCAUCGUACGUAGAAUUUAAAAAAACAAAGGUGGUGUGCUCUGUAUUUGAUCCCCGGGAAAUCCCCCAUCAAAAUGAAUUCAGUCAACUUGGUCAAAUAUUCUGUGAGGUGAAAUUCGCGCCAUUUUCGUGUCCACGUAAACGUCGACCACACGCCCCUGACAAUGAAGAGAGAGCCCUGUCUGUUGCAUUGCGACAAGCUUUAGAGCCAACUGUUUGCAGGCAUUUAUUCCCUAAUUAUCAGAUUGAUGUAUUCAUCUACAUUCUAGAACAUGAUGGAUCAUGUUUAGCAGCAGCAAUAAAUGCAGCUGGUUUGGCUUUAGCAGAUGCAGCAGUCCCCAUGUAUGAUAUCAUAACAUCAUGCUCUUUAGCAGUGAUAGGGGACAAGGUAUUUGUAGACCCAACUGAAGCCGAGGAACAUGUUGCCAAAACAAGCCUUGAGGACAGUAAUAUUAACCAUGGCAUAGUCACGAUGUCAUUUCUGUCUGAAUUGAAACAGAUAUCAGACUUCACACAAGUAGGUUCAAUGGACGUAGAAUGUAUAACAAAGGCAAUGGAGGUUCUGGAAGUGGAAUGUGAGAAACUGGUACCAAACUUUCAACGUAUAAUGGUUAUGAAUGUGAUUCAUAAUUUUGAGCAAAGGAAACGGUUGGAUGAUGAAGCGAAGGAGAGGGAAGAAGCACUGAACAAGAAGAUGGAGGAGUGGAAACAAUUGAUGAGUGCUGGAUGAAAUAUAUUUUUAUUUUUGUUAUUAA